AUGGCAUCACGUAACGCUACCGUGAGCCUCCCACUUCCCCACUAUUCCAACCACCGCUUAAAGCUAACGUGCGCAUCACUGUCACCUCCGGUAUGGAAACAGAGCCGGCGCGUGAUCUCCGUCACCUUCCUCCUCUCCCGCUUCCUCCUCCUCCCUAACGAUGCCAUGGCUGCUGGUAGCUUAAUUGAUAAAUACGUCAAGAGGAAAAAACUUGAUCCACUUGAUGCAUAUGUACCACCAGUUAUUCUAGCUCAGCUACAAAUCCAAGAUCUUGAGAAAUUCUUGAAUGUGGAGAAACCUGAAUUCGAGGCAUGUAGAUCGGUACUACGGUCUGGUCCUGCUAGCUCAUUGCGUGUAAACAUUCGAGCAGUUGCUCAGUAUGCUUCAGAUGCUGGUAAUUCAGGAACUGCGACUGAUGAUGUUGAUCGAUGUCUAAGAGCAUUGGAAGAAAUGGAUUCGUUGUUUCUUCGUGCGUCGAGGAAGGAUCCAAAUGCAACUGUUGACCGGAUGAAGUCGCAGCUUGGAACAGCGUUGACCGCGCUGGACAGCCUUCUACAAACGGUUCCUCCUCAAGUGCUUGAUAGAGGGAAAGCUAUGGUGGAAGUCUAUAGAUCUCCACCAUCCGAACAAGAUACGGAAACUGACUCCUCUGAGAUACAGCAGCUCCAGUCUAUACUGUGA